CCGGACACAAAGUUGGAUUCCUGAUGUUGACUAUGGCCAAGGUUUUGUUGUUUUCCCUGACCCAGUGAGCGGAGCACUGUGACACCGGGAACGUGACCAGCGAUCGGUCACCAGACGGCUCCCCAUUCCAAACUCUGUAACAAGACCUGCCCCGAUCAAGUUACAGCUGUGCAAGAAUAGUUUAUGUUGAGCUAUGUAGGUCAGUGGUGUGUGUGCUUGUCAUUUCUCUGGGUGCAGACAUGCAGACAGAUAUUAUACUGUAUUUUGAUUCAAUAAAAUGUGAUGUUAACUAAAGCAGCUUGGGUUUAUUUUUAUUUUUUGUUGUUCAUAACUGAAUACAAAUUGUAUUUGAAUACCGCUGGCUUAGUUCUGUUAAGUAGGCUGCUACAGCAGAUGUUAUUCCUCCAUAUAAUCAAGGCCUGCUCUGUUUACUUUUUGUAUUCCAAAGGAGUGUCAUGCACAUCCGGACACCAAGGUCGAUGGGCAGUUCCUCUAAAAAUGGCCAAGGACACAGCUUACAGCCAGAGAGGAGAUUCGUUUGUGCAUUUUAAACUGCAUGAUCAUUUUAUCUAUUAAGAGCUUAUUUGCUGUCACUUCACUUAAUUGCAGAAACUGACUACAAACCACAUUUGCUUCACCCAACAAGGCUCCUAAAUCCAUGUCUUUCACUGCAUGAUGAGCAGUGACAGUUAAUCUGCAUCUGCAGGUUGUGGAAAGUACAUCACUGAUAAAUGAACCAGAGGCUCACCACUAUCAGCAUUUGGGUUUAAUUAGUGUUUGACUACUGGCUGAACUGUGAACGCAGAAAAAAAAUGCAUGUUUAAAUAAAUAAAGAUAAAUAAAUUCAUAGAUAAAUAAAAUAAAUAAAUAAAUGUUGAAACAAUUAUGGAAACAGAUAAAUGCAUGAGCGCAGAAAUAAAUACAUAUUCAAAAUCGAUUUUUUUUUAAAGUUCCUUUACUUGUUUAUAAAGCUUUAAAUGACAUCACUUCCUCCCUACAUCAGAGAUUUUCUUUCAUUGGAUGUUCCAGCCAGAUCACUGAGGUCCUCCACUGCUUUGCCUUUAAAUGUUCCUUAUGUGUCUCAAAAAAAUCCCAGAAAAUCCCAGAUAAUUUGCACUAUUUCCACCUCAGGUUAUACAUAUAUAUAUAUAUAUAUAUACACAUAUAUGUAUGUACACAUUCCUUUUAAUUCCUAAUCAUACUUAAUUACAUAUAUACAUACAUAUCCAUAUUAUUUAUAUUUAUACUGUGUGACAUAGCUGUGCAAUUCGUAUUGUGCAAUAUUUGACCUCUUACUGUGCAAUAAUAUUUAUAGGCUGUAUUUCAUUACAGUAAAAAUACCACACACCAUGUGUGUAUGUCAGUCACCCUGUGCAGCGGACAUACAGUACCCAUAUAAGUGUGUGUAAGUGAGUGUAUAUAGUGCACAAAAAUUACAUAUAUUUCUUAAUUUUAUCUAGAUCUACUUUAUAUUUAUUGUAAAUUUUUUAAAGCAGUUUUUAGCACUCAUCACUUUUUUUUUGUUUCUUUCUCGUGCUUAUGACUCUUGUGCUGCUGUAAUGUCCCUGUUAUGGGAUUAAUAGUCUUUAAGUGUUCAUGUUAUCAUUUUGAUCUGGUUUUUAAUUUGGAGUUAUGUUAUAGCCCUUGUCUCUAGGCUCAAGUCAUCUUUUUCUAUUUUUUAUCUCUAUAGUUUGUUUUAUUGUUGUACUUUUUAGUCGCGAUACAUUUUUUUAUUUUAUUUCAUUUUAUUUAGUCUGUGUUGAUUCGGGUAUGUUUGUAUGGGAAUAAAUUUAAGUUAUCUCAAAUGCUUUUAUUUUGAAGGACGGACAUACCAACCGGAAGUAAUAUCAUUCACUUCCUGGUCUUCUUCACGCAUAUCCGAGCUGCUAGGAUUUUGCCCACUUUGUUCGUCCUAUAUUUAUAUUUUCUAACCGCCAGGAUGCAGAUUUGCAGCGUGUGCAGCGAACAUCCACCGAAAUACAGAUGUCCAGCCUGCAAAAUAAGAUAUUGUUCGCUUGGCUGUUACAAGAGGCAUAAAGAUACUUGCCUUCCUGUAGAGCAGCCUGCACCAUCUGAUCCUGAGACUAAGGAGCCUUUCAGCACUGAGACGUGGACUGUUGAUGAUCUUCUGCAUGAAGAUGACAUCACUGACAAAGUGCCUCUGCAGAAGCUUCAGCUGCUAGGUCAGUCAAAAGAGCUCAGAGAUCUUCUCUGUAACCCCCACCUGAGACAGUUACUGCGCUCCGUUGACAGCGCAGACAGCAAAGCCGACGCGAUGAAGGCCGCCAUGCAGGAGCCUCUGUUUGUUGAAUUUUCAGACCAGUGUUUGAAAACUGUAGAAAAUGGAGUGUUAACAUCCAGUGAAGCGGGUGAUUUGUAAAAUGGUGCCUGCAUUAGUUUUCUGUCAGAUCACUUUUUUUUAUAUAUAUUUUUGUAUGAAGUUUUGGAAUAGGCAUGUUGUGCAAUUAUUGUUUAUCUAAGUUCCUGUGCCUUGUCAUGCUACAAUAUGUAUAUAUAUGUUCAAAUAAAUGCUGAAAUGUUUUAUCUCA